AUGGAGGAUCUUGAAUUAAAUAUCAACUGGGAUGAUGUAGUCUGUCCUAUAUGUUUGGAUUUUCCUCAUAAUAGUGUUCUUCUCCAGUGUUCAUCCUUUGAUAAUGGAUGUCGUGCUUUUGUCUGUGACACAAAUCAAUUGCACUCUAACUGUUUGGAUCGCUUCAGAAAUUCCUGUGGCGUGCCAUCCUCUCCUACAUCUACUACUGUUUCUGCUGAAAACGCUGAAAAUAGUGAUUCUAAGGAGUCAAAUGAUCAAUGCAAUUUGACUUGUCCCUUGUGUAGAGGUGAGGUUUCUGGGUGGAUUGUCAUUGAUAAAGCUCGCGGUCAUCUUGAUGAGAAGAAGCGCUGUUGUGAUGAGGUGCAAUGUACAUUCAUGGGAAGUUACCUGGAGCUACAAAAACAUGUUCAGCUUGAACAUCCUCAUGCACGCCCCUCAAAAGUUGAUCCUGCCCGCCAACUUGAUUGGGAGAAUUUUCAACAAUCAUCAGAGAUCAUAGAUGUUUUGAGUACUAUUCAUUCAGAAAUUCCUAGAGGGGUGGUUCUAGGAGAUUAUGUGAUUGAAUAUGGGGAUGACGAUGCUAGAGAUGAAUUUGAGGACUUCCCUGGAGAUGAGGGCAACUGGUGGACCUCUUGUAUUCUGUACUUUGAUAACUUCAGACGAUCGAGAAAUAGAAGAAGGGCAAGAGUCAGUCAGACAAGAAGGGGUAAUCGCCGAUUAAGUUAUGAUACUUCAAAUUCUGAUGAAGGUUCCGUAGCAUCUAUGGAGUAUGCAGAUUAUAGAAUAGAAGAGGCUGAUGAUGAUUUUGUUAGUACUAGUGGCUCUGCGAGGGGUAGCAGUGGUGGUUAUCGCAGGUGCAUAGACUUUUCCUUCAUUAUUCACUUUUACAUCUCAUAUCUUUAUUUCUGGGUUGUUAAGCUUUGGUAA